GAGGGAGAGAGGGGGCGGAGUUGUGCAGAGAGUGUGAGAGAAACAGACGGCAGCUUUGUUCCACGUUAAACUAUUUCAAAUGUUCUAGCAGGUUAGAAUCUAAUUUAAAAACAUUCAAACUGGACAUAGUUGUUUUCAUAAAGAUGUUGGAGAUGUUGCCAUGCUUGCAUACAUAGGUUAAAACAACAAGAGGUUUCCGAAACCGACUCGAUUUUUCAAACUCCUGAAAGUGAAAGUAAAGUGUGGGGAAAAACAACGAGAGGUAGGCUUGCACUAGAUUUAUAUUUACUCUUGGAAAAUGGCUUCGAAGUUAGAGGAGGAUUUAUCCUGUCCUGUGUGCACUGACAUCUUCAAGGACCCAGUUGUUCUCUCAUGUAGUCACAGCUUCUGUAAAGUCUGUCUGCAGCAGUACUGGGGAACCAAAGGAUCCAGAGAAUGUCCAGUCUGCAGGAGGUCAUCAAAGGACGAGCCACCAACCAACCGUGCAUUAAAAAACCUGUGUGAGACAUUUUUACAGGAGAGAGGUCAGAGAGGAGCACUCUGUAGUCUCCAUGGCGACGAACUCAAGCUGUUUUGUCACGAUGAUCAGCAGCUUUUGUGUUACUCGUGUCGGGACUCAAAACUCCACAGGAAUCACCAGUUCAGUCCCAUUGCUAAAGCAGCAGUUGACCAUGAGGAGGAGCUCAAGGUCAUAGUAGGUCCCUUAAAGGAAAAGCUAAUGGCUUUUGAACAAGUAAAACUCACCUAUGAUGAAACAGCAAAACACAUUAAGACUCAGGCCCAGCAUACACAGAAGCAGAUCAUGGAGGAGUUUGAUAAGCUUCACCUGUUUCUACGAGAUGAAGAGGCAGCCAGGAUAGCUGCACUGAGGGAGGAAGAGGAACAGAAGAGUCAGAUGAUGAAGAAAAAGAUUGAGAAGAUGAGCAGAGAGAUCUCAUCUCUUUCAGACACCACCAGAGCCAUAGAAGAGAAGAUGAGAGCUGAUAACAUCACAUUUCUACAAAACUACAAGAGCACAGUGGAAAGAGCCCAGUGCACACUGCAGGAUCCAGAGAGGGUUUCAGGAGCUCUGAUCCAUGUUGCAAAACACCUGGGCAACCUGAAGUUCAGAGUCUGGGAGAAGAUGCAGGAGAUUGUUCAAUACACUCCUGUGACUCUGGAUCCUAACACUGCAAACCCAAUCCUCAUCCUGUCUGAGGAUCUGACCAGUGUGAGAUGGGGUGAUGAGAGAAAGCAGCUUCCUGAUAACCCAGAGAGAUUUGAUGAGUAUGCCAGUGUCCUGGGCUCUGAGGGCUUUAACUCAGGGACUCACUGCUGGGAUGUGGACGUUGGAGAGAACACAUUGUGGAGUGUGGGUGUGAUGACAGAGUCUCUCCAGAGGAAGGGAGACUAUGCCUCCAUGAGUGGAUGGUGGUAUGUGUCUUAUGAAUAUGGUGAAUAUAUAGCCGGUUCCCUACCACAGCCCUCCACUCUCCUCACAGUGAAGCAAAAACUCCAGAGGGUCAGAGUGCAGCUGGACUGGGACAGAGGAGAGCUGUCAUUCUCUGACCCUGAUAAUAACACACACCUACACACUGUCACACACACUUUCACUGAGAAGGUGUUUCCAUUCUUUAACUUUAGUGCACACAUCUCUCCUCUGAGGAUGUUACCAGUGAGAGCUUCAGUGAAAGUAGAGCAGCACAUAAUGCUUGGACCUACCUCCAUUGGACCUAACUCCAUAUCUCCAGGUUAUGAGAGUGUUGCAUCUGGUGGUCAGUCGACAGUGCUUGGACUAAUGAGCAAACUUAAUGAUCUUUUUCAGCCUGGUGGUCAGUCGACAGUGCCUGGACGUAUGAACAGAAGUUAUGAUCCUUUUUUAGGCUAGUGUUCAAUCGACAGUGCCUGGACGUAUGAGCAAACAUAAUGAUCCUUUUCUGCCUGGACGUAUGAGCAAACUUAGUGAUCCUUUUUUAGCCUAGUGUUCAAUCGACAGUGCCUGGACGUAUGAGCAAACUUAAUGAUCCUUUUCUGCCUGGACGUAUGAGCAAACUUAGUGAUCCUUUUUUAGCCUAGUGUUCAAUCGACAGUGCCUGGACGUAUGAGCAAACAUAAUGAUCCUUUUCAGCCUGGUGGUCAGUCGACAGUGCCUGGACGUAUGAGCAAACUUAGUGAUCCUUUUUUAGCCUAGUGUUCAAUCGACAGUGCCUGGACGUAUGAGCAAACUUAAUGAUCCUUUUCAGCCUGGUGUUCAAUCGACAGUGCCUGGACGUAUGAGCAAACUUAAUGAUCCUUUUCAGCCUGGUGUUCAAUCGACAGUGCCUGGACGUAAAUUUACUGGACGUGGUCUCAGUUCUUCACCCAAAGAAACCUAAACCGUCAACAUACUCAUUAUGAAUGUUGUGCAAGUCUUACGCUACGGUAAUACAUUUCACAGUAACGGUGUGUCUAAUCACUUAGCAACAACGAUAAUUCGGUGUUUAAUAUAAUGUUGUCAAUUUCAUUUCACCGUCCAAGUCAAGUAAUCAUUUACUAUAAAGGAAAAUCUGUUUCAAAGAUCAAACUAAAGAUAGAGAACGAUAUAACCCAGAUAAAGUGGGUGUGUGGUGAAAAGCUAGGUAGGCUAAAACAGUGCACUCUGUCGAACUAGGAGCGAAUCAGUGUCAUCCGUUGUUGUGAUUUGUUGUUGUUACCCAUUACUUACUGUUUAGAUGAUUGCCACUUUACUUCAAUUAGCCAGUUAGGCUAGUUUCUGUGAACCUUAUCGGGUCGUUUUGUUUUUUGUAAAGAAUGCAAGUAGUGCUCUCAAGCACUUUGUUACCGCUAGCUCUAGCUAGUCUCCUGUUGCAGUGUUCUCAAGCACUUCGGUGCCUCUAGCUAGUCUCCUGUUACAGGUUUGUGCCUCGUUGCGGU